AUGCGGCAGCCGCCCGUCACCGUCCUGUACGGCAGCCAGACGGGGACCGCCCAGGAAAUCGCACAGAACAUUGGUGGCCGGGCUCGGGAGCUGGGCCUUGUUGCAAAGGUGGCGGCGCUGGACGAGUUUGGUCUGGACGCCCUCACGCCAGCAACCGUGCCCGUCCUCGUCCUCGUCUCAUCCUCCACCGGCGAUGGCGACCCCCCUGACAAUGCUGCCCGCUUCUAUGGCCAGAUCAAGAAGCGCGGGCAGCAACCCGACCGCCUCAAGGGCAUGACCUUCACGGUGCUGGGCCUGGGCGACUCCAACUACACCCAGUUCUGCCGCGUGCCGCGCGCGCUGCGGUCCCAGGUCCUGGCCCUGGGGGCGGGGGAGUUUCAUCCCGGCAAGGACGCGGACGAGGUGGAUGGGCUGGAGGAUGUCGUGGAGGCAUGGCUGGACCAGAUGCUGCCGGCGCUGAAGCGCGCAUGCCUGCCCACAGUCGCCGCAGAGGCGGCGUCAGAGGGGCUCAAGGAGCCGGUACCCCCCGAGCACGCCGCCAGCACCAAGCCGGUGCCCCUGCCCGAGUGCCGCAUCGAGGUGGAGUGGCUGACUGACCGCAGUGCCACGCAGGCCGUGCUCGACAAGGAAGCCGCUGGGGCCACGGCAGAGGAGGUGGGCCACCGCGACCCAGAGGGACUCUACUCCCCGGAGCAGCCCUUCCACGCCCCGCUCAUCGCGGCGCGGUGGCUCACCACGAGCGCCGCUGGUGACAGGAGGGUCCUGCACUGCGAGCUGGGGGUGGAGGGGUCGGGUGCCAGGACCCACCCCGGCGACUCGCUGGGCGUCAAGCCGGCCAACCCCCCCGCGCUGGUCUCUGCGCUGGCAGCCCGGCUGGGCCUGGAGGCGUCGGCGGUGUUCGACGUUCGGCCCAGGCCGGGAGUUGCGACGCAGCACCUCCUCCCCCACCUGCACACGCCGUGCUCCAUCGGCCAUGCCCUCACGGAGUCUGUGGACAUCGCAGCCCCGCCGCGCAAGUCGCUGCUGCGGCUGCUGGCGGAGCACUGCGCUGGUGAGGAGGCCCGGCAGACCCUGCUGCGCUGGACGUCUCGAGCCGGUCGCGACGAGUAUGCCAAGGAGGUUCUGGAGGGGCGGCCCUCGCUGCUGGACCUGCUGACGCGGUUCGACUCCCGCCCUCCCCUUGCGCCAUUGCUGGAUGCGCUGCCGGCCCUGGUCCCACGCCUCUACUCCAUCGCCAAUGCGGCGGUUGCGCAGCCCGGCAAGGUUGCCAUGGCCCUCUCGAUCGUGCGGUUCACCAAGGCGUGCGGCACGGAGCAUGAGGGCGUGGCUACUACCUGGCUGGAAAGGACGGCGGCUCCCCUGUUGCAGGGCAGUUGGAAAGGCACGGAGGGCCCCACACCCGCCGUCCCACGCAUCCCCAUCUACUUCCGCAGCGGGUUCCUACAAGACAGGAGACACCGGCUGGCGGCUGCUGCCCCCGGGUUCGAGGCAGGCCCAUCCUGGCUCUUCUUUGGGUGCCGCCACCCAGACCAGGAUUACCUCUACAAGCAGGAGCUGGAGGAGUUUGAGGCCGAUGGCACCCUCUCCCGGCUCAGCGUGGCCUUCUCGCGCCAACAGGCACGCAAGGUGUACGUCCAGCACCUGGUGGAGAGGCACGCCCACGAGCUAGCCGCCCUGCUGGCGCAUCCGGCGGCCUCGAUCUUCGUCUGCGGCGACGGCGCGAGCAUGGCCACCGGGGUCAACGAGGCCCUGGCCCGCGUGCUGACUGGGCCGGGGGCCUUUGCAUCGGGCGCGGACUGGAAGGCGGGUGCUGCGGCGCUGGCCGCCAUGGCGCGGGAGGGGCGGUACGUGCGCGACAUCUGGAGCUGA